AAAAUUUUGCUAAUUUUUUCCUUUCUGCAAUUAAAAAUUCAUUAACAACCAUCACCGGCAGCUUAAUUCCAUAGCCAACAGUGUUAAUUACCAAGUUUCGACAAACAUCCGGCCCCAGAUUGUGUAUUUGUGCUCGAAAACCCAGCAGCCAAACAGUGUACAAUGGCCAGACACCAUGUUCGGUCGUGGUUUUUUUCGUUUUAUUGCGAAAACUGUGCACGAAAAACGCAGUAAGAUGUAACCGAGGAAUUCUAAUUGUAAGCAAGCAGCCGAAAUACAUUUUAGGGUAUAGUUAUGGGGGCUAAACUAAGUACUACGAAUGAGGGCUCGCAGAGCCCCAGAACAAGGGCCUUUUCUACUAGCAGCAGCACCGAAGUGGUUGCUUCUCCUGGUUUUAGGUUUAUGAGAUCGUUGGGAAUGGAAAAUGAUAGACAACGUGCCAGGUCUCUCUCCAGCGUUCCAGACCUCCACGGUACUUCGGCCAGCGAUUCCCAUCACACAGAAAACGGUGGUCCCAAUUUAGGAGGCGAAGGCUCAAUCGCUGGUAGUCCAGGAGCUGAUACAGACAGUAGCGCAGGAGAAGAAGGGGCUCAAGGCGGUCUAAUAGGACACUCCGCAGCGGCCGCUUUAACUAGAGUUUAUGCCGCUCAUUCUUUGCCUGGCCACAUAUGGAGUCUGAACGGUAUAAAAUGUCCAGUUUGCAGCAAAUUUGUGGUUCCGGACGAUAUAGAGUGCCAUCUUGUCAUGUGCCUGACGAAACCUCGCCUUUCUUACAACGAAGACAUAUUAACAGACGACAAAGGCGAAUGCGUAAUUUGCCUGGAAGAGCUCAAUCAAGGAGAUGUGAUUGCUAGGUUGCCAUGUCUAUGUAUAUAUCAUAAAUCGUGUAUAGACCAAUGGUUUGAAGUGAACCGAUCCUGUCCGGAACACCCUGGAGACUAGCAACAACAAAACUUGUGAGGAGUGAAUGGUUGUAAUAUAAAAUUUGUACAUACUGUGUAAAAUAGGUAUUGACUAGUACGAUAAAGGAACCAGACUGCUAUAAUUAUUAUGUGAGGAACUCUAAUCAUUAGGAUUCAUUUUUAAUAAUGGGUAAUUUAAGUGUACUUUGAAAAACAAUUAUCUAAUUUUUUUUUGAAUAAGUGCGCGGCCCCGUAAGAAUUGGAUGGUAAGAGAAAGGCUCUGAGUCACAGAUGUAAAAAAAAAAUACCAAAGAUUUGUUUGUUAAUUAAUUAUUCUUGACUUUUAAGCUUGAUAAAUAAAUACCUAUUUGACCAAUGAUAUCUAAACUUAGAGUCAAAAGUUACAAUUACUUAGUGAGAUCUAAAUUAGGGUGCUAUUACGUUGGGGGUUUUGUUAAGGUUGAAUACGGGCGCCCAAUUGAAAGUGUAGCGUUUUCUUUUUUUCGUUUGCCUACUACUGUGGUGGUGCCAUAUUUUAUAAUAAAAAAAAAAAUGUUAUUACUACCCCUCUUUAAUGUGUAUGAUAUAGUUAUUAGUUUAAAAAAAUAAAAAGUGAUAUGUUUACAAUGAUUUGUAUAUUUUUUGGUUUCAGUUAGAGCGCCAUCUGUUAAGUCUUUUCUAUU